CCGGGCCUUGUCGCCCUGGCGCUGACGGACUGCGGCGACAUCACGGACGCGGGCGUCGUCGCGGUGGCCCGGGGCUGCCCGUCGCUCAAGGUGCUGAACCUGCGGGGCUGCCGCCACGUCUCCGACGCGGCGUUGGGCGCCCUGGGCCGGGGCUGCGCGGGGCUCGGCGUCCUCACGCUGGCGCACUGCAAGCGCGUGUCGGACAACGGCGUCUUCGGCCUCGUCUCCGGCUGCCGGCGGCUCACGUCGCUCAACCUGCUCGAGUGCGGCGAGAUCACGGACGAGGCGGGCUGCGCCAUCGCCCGGGGCUUCCCCGCGCUUCAGGUGCUGUCCCUGGCCUGCUGCGCGCGCGUCACGGACCGCACGAUCAGCGCGAUCGCGUCCGCGUCCGGCGAGCUCCGGUCGCUGAACCUCUCCUUCUGCGAGAGCGUGUCCGGCCGCGCCGUCGCCGAGGUCGCCGCGUCCUGCGCGGCCCUGAGCGAGCUCCUCCUCACGGGCUGCGCCAUCAACGACGCGGACGUCGCGAACAUCGUCGGCGACUACUCGAAGCUCCACACGUUCAUUUUGGCGGGCUGCCCCAUCACGGACGCGUCCCUCACGACGAUCGCGUCCUGCCCCUGGCUCUUCUCCCUGUCGCUCGUCGGCUGCCCCAACGUGAGCAACGACGCCGUCACGACGCUGCGC